AUGCCAAUAGACAAAACACCGUUAUUUCGUGCCCGAAUAAAAAUGAUACGAGCGCAGGAAGCAGCACGAUUAAAGCGAGAUCAAAAGCAAGAACAGCAACAACAAAUCGAAAAUUCUUUUAACAACUUCGAGCAAGUAAUUCAUCCAGAAAAGUCGGGGGAAGCAUUCUCGCGUAAUUCUUCAAAUCUCAAUUUUUUGUCAUGUACAAUUGAAGCUCAGAGAAUUCGUCGAAAAUUAAUCGACCUUCGAAAUAUAGUUAUCAGUGGAAGGAAAAACUAUGUUUCCGAUAUUGGCCAUUCCAGACGACUAAUAGCAUCAUAUACUGAUAGUAUGAGUGAUUUUGAACGAGAUGAAUUGGAUGCAAAAAUUGAAGAAAUGAUGCAAAAUUGCAUAAAAUCAAUACAAGCUUUACAACGUAAAAUCAACAUUAGCAAUUUACGAGCCCUUGAUGAAGGUCCACAUUUGUUCGAGGUUUUACGAAUGUUGGGUAGAUAUCUCAAUGCGACGGCUAAAAUUGUUGCUGAAAUGCGAGCUUUGCGAACAAAAAAGAUAAGCAAUAUGCGGCGAACAUGCAGGCUGGCGACGUUGGCGCAAUUAUACAACAUGAAAAAACACAGAGAUGAAGUGCUGACGCAACAACUGACUAAUGAAAAUUCGACUGAAACCAUAUCACUGAAUGCCAAUAUCUCGUCGAUUUCAGAUUCAGUACUUAGUGAUACCAUUAUUUUUGGUAAGGAUGGUUUGAGGAAGAGGAUUCCUCAGAGUACGGGUAUAAGAAAAGAUGAUGUCGGAAAGUCAGGGCAGGAUGGAUGGUCUGAUGUGCAAAUAUCCGAUUUCCAUGAAGUUGAACGAGCAAAUGAUGUGGAUUCACUUAAUAAUUUAGAUGACGAUGAACGUACUCAACUUAUGAUAGAAAAUGAGCGGUUAUAUUCCCAAUCGCUUCAAGUGGAUAGUGAUAUUCAGAAGGUGGAAAAGCAAAUGGCGGAGUUACAUCUGUUGCAAGAGACAUUUGCCGAGAAGGUUUCGGAACAAGAAAGAGAUAUAAAUGUUGUAAAUGAAACAACAUUGCUAACAGUUGAAAAUAUUCGAAUUGGAAACGAACAGAUUCGUCAAGCAAUCCAGAACAUGGCAUCUAGACGUGUGAUUCUUUUAUUUUGUAUUGUUGUUCUUACAUUUACGUUACUUUUCUUAGAUUGGUAUAAUCCUUAG